GCCCAGGGGUAACCAGGUAAUGUUGUUCAAACAGCCGCACCUAUAUACUCCGUCUCGCUAAACCCUAGCCAGUUCUCCAUUUGCGCCGCCGCCUACACGCAUCACCUUGCUCGUCGUCUCCCGCCGCGGCCGCUCGAAACGAUGGCUCCCACGAAGAAGGCGAAGAAGAGCACGGAGAACAUCAACAACAAGCUGCAGCUGGUGAUGAAGAGCGGCAAGUACACGCUCGGUUACAAGACUGUACUCAAGACGCUGCGCAGCUCCAAGGGGAAGCUGAUUAUCCUUGCAAACAACUGCCCUCCUCUUAGGAAGUCUGAGAUCGAGUACUAUGCUAUGUUGGCAAAAAUUAGUGUCCACCAUUUCCAUGGAAAUAAUGUUGAUCUUGGAACUGCCUGCGGCAAGUACUACCGGGUGUGCUGUCUCAGCAUCAUUGAUCCUGGUGACUCGGACAUCAUCAGCACCACGCCUGGAACCCAGUGAUUAAAUCAAGAGAGAGCUCUGCGUUUUUAGUGGAGUUGUAGGGGUUGAAUCGUGUGUCCUUGUUAUCUUUCCAUCAUGUACUUUUUUCCUAUGUUGAGUUGCAGCUGUCAUAGAGAUAAUACUACUUCAUAUGGUUCUUUGCGAAGAUAUUCUUGUCCUAUCAUUUUAUGAUAAUCCUUAUUUCCAUGGAGCUGGGUAAGUUAUGAUUCUUA